UCUGGGGGCUCCCGGGCCGUGCCAUACUCACUGGCCGAGGACGCGGGGCCCGCGGGAUGCCGGGCUGCUCCCAGACCGGAGUGACCUUCCCGUGGGCAAAAGAAAUCUGUAUUCCGUGCUUUCCCACCCAAAACCGCACCGGUUAGCGCUGCAGAAACGCGACUAAAGAGACGUGAUUCGCGGCUCCUUCUGUCACAAAAUUUUGGGAGAGCGUUACUUCAAACUAUCGUGUCUGUGUUCCUGUUACGGAUCAAGAGUGAUGGUGCAGCGGGAGGGGGAGGAAAGCGGCCGUGGCCGGGUCGGGGUACGGCCGGGCAGCGACUGGGACAGUCGAGGGCACCUGCAGACGUUAACGACCCCUCAGGUUUGGGAAGACGGCGCGUGGCUCCGUGACGGAAAGUCACAGCCGGGCUGGGGAGCGUUGCUGCACCAGCCUCUCUCUGCCUGGGGGGGAACGGCCCCGGGACUCGAGGCAGCUCAGAAACACCCGUGGGGUGGGGGCCGGGCUCCAGCCUGUGCUGCUGGUUACGCUGCCUUGAAGGUGUGCCAGGCAUUGUCACCCAGCCUGGGGGAGCCACACGGCCCAUGAUGGUGCGUAGGGGUCUGCCCAAAGGGCGUGUUGAGUUUGGGGACCAUGAGGGAGGCCAGGGCUUCCCCAGGGUCGGGAGGUGCUGGCAGAAAGCUUCGCUGGUGGCAGCUGUCAGUGUGACAGCCGUGAUGUCGGGUCUCAGGGCGCUGCUGUGCUUUUGGUCUCUCUCCAGGCAUAGCUGGGAUUCCUGUGGUGGGGCCACUUCCCAGCAUCUCCCCUCCUCUUCCCAGGACAGCUUUUCUCUCAGUCUCGGGUGACAACUCGCACCUUUUCUCCCCCCCAGGCUCUGCCGCUCUUGAGUCUGUAACAGCUUCAUGGGGCACAUGUAGGUCAGUACAAGCUGACUGUGGACGGCACGUGCUGAGCAGCAAAUGCUGUUAAGAGUAUCUUCUCCCCUGGGCCUGGGGGAGCACGGGGGGAUCCCAGGAGCCACAGGUGGAGAGUGGAGACAAAGGGUGUGUGUGAGUGCGAGGGCCGCCGCGUUUAUCCCAUCUCUGCUGAGCCAGUUGUGUGAGAUCUGGCAGCACAAGAGGAGCUGGGGAUGCUGGUGCAGGGUUGGAAGUCACACCAUGGGUGGGAGUUGUCAGGCAGUUUCCUUUGAUGUUCAUUUGAUUCUUUAGAGCUUGGUUGGUCUGUGGAAAGCUUGUGAGGUUGGGCACAGUGGUCUCUAAUCCAGCUGCACAGGGCUUCAGCUUUCAGGAGUGGACAGCUGGGCUGCGGGAGGCUCUGUGGCCUGAUUGGUUUAAGCAUCACUUAAAAAUUAUAUGUGCUUUUUGAGAGUUCUGCGUCUCGCUGUGUUUGCAAGAGGGGCCACGAGAGAGGUGGGGUUGUCAGUGGAGAAGUGGUGAAUUGGAAAUACCAUGCUUGUUGCAGGAACAUCCUCAAAUGGUGCUGGUGAGGUGUUGGUGGAGAUGGAAAAGGAACAGGGAUAAACGAGCUUUCCAGAGGAGGCCGUUUUCUGUGAAGGGCUCGGGACCAGCUCAGCUCUUGGCAAAGGGUUGUUGCUCCUUUUUGAGGUGCCAGUAGGUUCCCUGGGGCAGGAAUUGUUCUGGUACCUGUUGGCACAAGGCUGAGUGGCUGCCCAGCUCCAGACAGGUUCCCAUCUCCUCCCACCACCCUGUGUUUCGGGGUAGGUUGGGGAAAUGGGGCGUUCAAGUGUCUUCUGGGCCACUGCGCUUGGGGCAGAGAAGGGGGAGGCUGCUGUGAGUUCCACACACGUGUUAGUGCUCCGGAUGGUAGCGAGGCGAGGACCCGAGUCUGUGACAAGCCCAUAUCGCAGUGUGAGAGGUUUGGGUAGGGGCAGUGGACACGCAGGCAGUGGCAGCCCUGUUGUGAGUUGGUGGGUGACCUGUGCAGCGCUGCCUGUGGCUGCAGCAGCGGGAGCCAGUGCUCUGCAUGGAAGUGGGAGGAGAUCUGUUGCUUCCUUAUCGUGAUGGGAUCUGCGAACUCAACUGUGAUUUGGGCUCCACAGCCGCUGGUGGCUUCUCCUUGGCGGCCGGCCCGGCUGCGCUCCCCUCUGGCAGACGUGCUGGGACAGACGUGCGGGGACACGCUGCCUCCAGGUUGGGGUUGGUGCCGUGGGUGUGGAGCUGCGGAAGGGUGGGUGUGCGGCGGGGCUGGUUCUGCUCUCCCGACCUGCAGCGGUGCCGGUUGUGCUGGUUGGACCAGCGCUGCCCUCCCUGGCUCUCACGGCCUGUUCCCUGGGUGGUUCCCUUUGAUCACCAGUUCACGCUGGGAGUGGCCGGGUGCUCUCUGGGCUCUCAGCGCUGGCUGGAGGCGGGUGUGUGCUCUCAGUCGCCAGGACUUGCCUUAAUAAACUGUUGUUCUCACCCGUUCAGCUCCAGCUGCCCUUCCUCCCGCAGCCCCUGUUACUGCUACUGUCACAGUGCCAGGUACUCCCGGACCCUCCUCGUUAACACCUCGUGUGCCACAUUAACCAGUUUGCUCUUCUGGGUGGUUGCAGUUACAUUAACCCUAACAGCUUGCACAGGGGAGCACCGGUCACUCUGCAUGGGAGUCAGGGCUCGGGGUCCCAUCCCCUCGGUGUGGGUGUGCCACGCCACUCCCUGUGCCUCAGCAUCCUCAUCCUCAAAGGGCACCUGUCUGCCGGGAGGGUCUGCCUGUGUCACAGCGGGGCUGAAGGGGGGCUGCCCUCUGCCAGAGUGUUCCUGGAACAAUUAUGCAUACCAAUCUGUUAAAUUUUACUUUUAUUUGCAAUUCUCGGGUGGGUUCUCAUCACCCCGCUGCUCCCACCAGCCCAGGAUGUGAUUUCCCAGGCUCAGGAGCAGCACUGGGGCUCUGGCCAGGGCUCCGUGAAGGUUGUGGCAACCCCUUUGGUAGGGAAGAGCCAAGGGCAGAGCUGGCAGCAAAGCCAGUGCCGGCCCUGUCAGGUUCCUGUCGUGCCCAGCCCAUUUCAGAUGCCACCUCCUGCCAUGCCAGGGCUUGAAGCCUGGGGUGGCUGUACUGACCCUGGACUGGGUUUUUUCUUCUGUCCCUUGCACCCGUCAGCUAGCUCACACACUGGCACAGCGCGCUCUGUAAAAUUCAUGCCAGUGUCCAGAAGCAGAUGAACAUCCUGCUCUGCUCUGGACCUGGCAGACGUUCGUCUGCUGCGUUAGAAUCCGGGCACAAAGGCUGGGGGGAAGGCCAGGGCCGGCUGUGCUGGGCAGGCUGCCUUCUCCUGCCUUCUCCCUCUCUCCCAUCUCUCACGGGUUCACUCUGUUUCUCUCCUUUAGCUGUUCUUCAUGCUGCUCAUUCCCCACCUCUGACUCCAUCUCCAGGCCCAGCUGGCCAGGCUCUCCCAGCGGAGCCGACCAGCCCUGCUGUGGCUCUGCCUGACCCUGCCAGCCCCCCGGCCCCCAUUUCCCCCGCUGUGGUCCCAGCUGCGGCCAUCCCCGUGUUUUCUGUUCCCCCCCAGCUCCCUGCCCCAGCUCUGCAGGUCCCAGUUACCACUUCCCCUCCUCCAGCUCCGCAGUCCCCAAUGGGUGUUGCAGCCCCAGGAUCUCCAGGGCCUGCCCCAGUUAGCCCAGUGUCUCCGGGACUCCCGGCCCCAGUAUCUCCUGCUCUGGCUGCUGUUCCUGACACAGUGACAGUAGUUCCCCAUGCCACACCUGUGAGCCCUGGUUCUCCUCCUGCAGCUCUUGCCUCUCCUGUGAAAGCUGCCCCUCCUGCCACCCCUCUGAGCCCCACAGGAGCUGCAGCCCCGGCUCCUCUCCCUGGCCCCAGGGCAGCCUGUGCUCCUUCCCGAGGCCCUGGGGCAGCCCCGGUUGUUCUCCUACCACCCCCUUCCCUUCCCCUUGCCGCAUUUCCCCCUCCAGCGUUCCUGCCCGCUCCCGCUGUGCCUCCCGAGGCUGCAGCUUGUCCCCAGAGCCCAGGCUCUCCUCUUCCUGCAGCAGCCCCUCUCUGCCCUGUCAUGGCACCAGUAGCGGCUGCCCCGGCAGUACCGGUGUCUCCUGGCAGCCCUGCCUCCACCCCGCUGGCUCCUGUUUCGGCCUCUCCCCUGCCCCCCCUCACUCCUUCCCAGUGCCCAGCCCUGGCCAGUGCCAUCUCUCCUCCUGCCUUCCUGGCUGCCCCCCUGGCCCCGCUGUCACCCCAUGCACCUCUGGUGCCAACUGGGAUGUCUCCUGGUAGUCCUGCUGCUACCCCACAGGGCCCAGCCCCAGGUGCUCCAGUCUCUCCACUGGUUCCAGCUGCUCCAUCUGUUGCCAAGACCUGUCCCAUAGGUCUUGCCCCAGUGGCCCCAGCGGUGGGGGACCCGGUCCCACCCUCCGUGGCCAGGACACCUCCUGGGAGCCUGGACCCUCUGGCAGCGCCUGCCUCUGUGGCAGUUCCCGUGGCUCCUGUCCUGUCCACACCUUCUCUGGGAGCUGCCACGUCUGCCCCAGAGCCACCAACAGCAGCAGCCACGGCUGCUUUGGCCAGAGCAGCUCCAAUGAGCCCUGUCUCCCCACCAGCAGCUCCUGUGCCUGCUGCCCUCUCUGUCCCUGCCAGCUCCCCACCUGUCACACCGGCAAUGGCAGCUCCGGCCACCCCUCCUGGGGCCAAAGCGGCUCCCGUGAGCCCUGUCACUGCCCCAUGUGCCACCCCAGCCCCUGCCACACCAGCUCCUGCAGCUCCACCAUCUCCAGCUGCCCCUCCUGCAGCCAAAUCCCUUCCCAUAAGCCCGAUCUCUGCCCCCUCUGCCAGUUCCCUGCCUGUCACACCGGCGAUGGCAGCUCCGGCCACUCCUCCUGGGGCCAAAGCAGCUCCCAUGAGCCCCGUCACUGCCCCGUCUGCUCCUUCAGCCCCUGCCACCUCAGUUCCUGCAGCUCCACCGUCUCCAGCUGCCCCUCCUGCAGUGAAAUCACCUCCCAUGAGUCCUAUCUCUGCCAGUUCCCUGCCUGUCACACCGGCAGUGGCAGCUCCGGCCACCCCUCCUGGGGCUAAAGCAGCUCCCGUGAGCCCUGUCACUGCCCCAUCUGCUCCUUCAGCCCCUGCCACACCAGCUCCCGCAGCUCCACCAUCUCCAGCUGCCCCUCCUGCAGCCAAAUCCCUUCCCAUGAGCCCAAUCUCUGCCCCCUCUGCCAGCUCGCCACUUGUCACACCGGCAAUGACAGGUCCAGCCACCCCUCCUGGGGCCAAAGCAGCUCCUGUGAGCCCUGUCUCUGCUCCGUCUACUUCUGCCCCUGCCACACCAGCUCCUGCAGCUCCACCAGCUCCUGCUGCCCCUCCUGCAGCCAAAGCAGCUCCCGUGAGCCUGGUUGCUGCCCCCUCCACUCCCUCUGUACCUGCCAGCUCCCCACCUGUCACACCGGCGAUGGCAGCUCCAGCCACCCCUCCUGGGGCCAAGGCAGCUCCCGUGAGCCCCAUCACUGCCCCGUCUGCUCCUUCAGCCCCUGCCACCUCAGUUCCUGCAGCUCCACCAUCUCCAGUUGCCCCUCCUGCAGUCAAAUCACCUCCCAUGAGCCCAGUCUCUGCCAGCUCCCCACCUGUUACACCGGCAAUGGCAGCUCCAGCCACCCCUCCUGGGGCCAAAGCAGCUCCCGUGAGCCCUGUCACUGCCCCAUCUGCCCCUGCCGCACCGGCGAUGGCAGCUCCACCAGCUCCCACUGCUCCCCCUGCAGCCAAAGCAGCUCCCAAGAGCCCUGUUGCAACCACACCAGUUCCUGCAGCUCCACCAGCUCCAGCCGCUGCCCCUGCAGCAAAAAAGCCUCCUAAGAGCAGCCCUGUUGCUCCCCCAUCUGCUCCCUCUGCCCCUGCUACUCCAGUGCUGGUGGCUCUGCCAGCUCCAGCUGCCCCCCCUGCAGCCAAAGCACCUCCCAAGGGCCCUGCUGCAGCCACACCAGCUCCAGCCACCCCCCCGGCACCUGAAGUGGCUCCCGAGAGCCCGCCAGCCCCCACCCCGGUACCUGGCAUGCCAGCUCCUGCUCCAGGCACAGCUGCCCCAGCCCCAGGGGUUCCUGGUGGCCCCCCAAAGCCAUCGGCUAAUCGUCCUGCCCCUGCUCCCCAGAAACCACAAGCCACCCUUCCUGGCUCUGCCCCAGCAGGUAAACACCCCCCCGCUGCCUCUCCUGCACCAAGCGUUCCCCCCACGAAGAAGCAGACCCCUCCCAGUAAGGUCACCAAGCUGGCCCCCCGCCCUCCCCCAUCCAAGCCCCCCUCAAAGGCCCCGGCCCCCAUCAGCGCUGCCAUCGACGACGACGACCUGCCGCCUCUGAUCCCCCCAGAGCUGCCCGCUGCCGAGCCGCUGGUGCAGCCCAUCCUGGUGGACCUCUCUCCCCGAGCAGCCGUGGCCCCCGCUGAGGCCGCUGCUCCUCCGGCCAAGCAGCCUGUCCUGAAGAAUGACAAGGGUACUUGCCGCCGCGGUUUGCCGUGUGCAUGGAGUGUCACUGGCUGCCCACUGGAUACUAACCCGAAUACGGGGCCCGGGUGCCCCUACAUCGCUUGGUGUGUCGGUCUAGUCAAGUAGUCUGCGGAAGUGCCGCGGCAGAGGCAGGCCUGAACCAUGCCAGAGCAAGCUCAGCCUGCCCGAGCAGCCGGUGAGCCGGGGAAAGGAGAUGCCCCGUGGCCACAGGUUCGGCAUGGUGCAGUGCCAGCGGGUCAGUGUCACUAAUGCGCGUUCUCGGGCACGGAGCACGGUGUGGUUUGUGGUGUGGGCGCUGCGACUGUUGCCUGAUCUGGCUUCACACUGAGGCUCUGGGAAGAGCUGCCAUGUGCCUGUACUCUGUUGUGUGUGUGUGUGGUGUCCACCGUGGUUUUCCCCGUGUCCGUCUGCCAGCGAAGGAGCGCUGCGGGCAGUGCUGAUGCCAGAACAGGCCUGUCCCCACGCUCUGGGGAAACUCCUUUGCCUGCCUGAGCUGUUGGGAUCCCCCAGGCACGCACCGACAGCCUGCAGAGAGCUUUGCCAAAGGCUCCUGCGUGCUCAGCGUGGCUGUGGGCAAGAGGCCCUUUCCAGGGAAGGAAACGGGACCGAAUUCAGGUAAUGGCUGCGUGAGAGGGUGUCAUGGUCACCCUCUGGCCUCCUCUGAGGCUGGAGACACCUGUCUCUGCUUUGUUCACUCCUGUGUGGUCAGACAUGGCUGUGCCGUGGUUCGCAAGCUAAUGGUGGCACUGCAGCAGUGGCGCAGGAGCUGGCAGCCCUCCGAGCCUCCCGGGCCACAGCAGCUUUCAGGACCUGGCACAGAGGUCAACCUGAGAGCAGAGGCCCACCUGAGCAUCCAAAGAUGCCGUUCCCUGAUGGGGGUUUUCAAGGUAAUUGCAAAUCAUCUCCCGUAGUGGAGUCAUGGAAAGGUGCAGCAGCCCUGGGGACUUGGUGAAUUGGGUCUUGUUUCUGUGCCAUGUGGCUGAGCUCCUGCAGCAUCAGCAUCACUGCUGCCUGAGUGUGCUCGAGGGGCCCUGAGGGAGUCCCUGUCAGUGCCAGGCUGCUGCCGGCUCAGGGAGCGCUGCCCUGCGCUCCUGCCCGAGCCAGGCUGGCGCACUGGCCAGUGUGGUGCCUCAGACUGGGGGAGCAGCUCAGGCUGGGGCUGCCUCCUGGGGACUUGGUGUUCUGGAGCCAGCCUCCGGGCACCCGUGGUGCUUGGGCACCCGGCUUCCACCAUGGUGAGAGUGCUCAGAAUAGGCUCUUGGGCCACCUGCUGCUGAUGGCGUUUGGGGUUGCAGAGAGAGCUCCUUCCACCAGACACUGCUUAACCAUGCUAACUGGAACCUGCAUCAGCACUCACAACCCCCGGCAACGAAGGCUGCACCGAAGCAGUGUGGUUCUUUGAUCUUGCCGUGUCCCCAGGACCUGCCUGAGCUGGAAAGAGUGAUGUGUUUUUGUUU